AUGACCCGAUACAAAGAACAUCUUGUCGGAAUUGGCAGUGCGGAUACGAAGUAUGUCCCGUCUUCUGAUCCCAGCGGAACACGCUGCGGAAGUGAAGCGUCGAUGGGCCUGUCACAUCAUGAGAAGAACAAACGACACAUGGACGGUGAGAACAUCGUGAAAUCCUCGCAAAGCCACACCUACCCGAGGAAAGACCACAAACGAGAUGUACAGACGGGGUUGAGGAACGAAUGGAGCAGCUAA